AUGGCAUCCAAUCCUGUUUUCAGCACAUCAAUCCAACCACCUCCGCCACCAGGCCCCGCCGCCAAAUUGGACAUCCCCGACAUCCCUAACGCUAACCUACCCGUGUUUAACGAUGCCAUGAAAAUCCGCAUGCGCGUCUUCGUAGACGAACAAAACUGUUCCGCCGAAGCUGAGAUCGACAGCGACGACAAGCGGAGCUGGCACUGGGUCAUCUACGACGGGACCACACCGGUGGGAGUCAUUCGACUGGUUCCCCCGCCACAACCGCCACAUUCCCAAGUCACCAAUUCAGAGACAAACGGGGAAGCGGUGUACGACUGGGCACACGAGCCGUGUAUCAAAUUGACUCGGGUGGCAAUCAUGCCAGAGUACCGCGGCCUCGGACUUGGGCGACGAUUAGUGGAGACGGCGUUGGAGUGGGCGGCUGUGCAUGCAGCGGAGAUAGACGAGGCUGCUGCGUUGGUCGCUAGGGCGGAGCGGGAGAGUGCUCCGCUGUGGAAAGGUCUCGUGCUUGUCCAUGCGCAGGUUGAUGUGGAGCGGAUGUAUGCGCGACUGGGGUUUGUGACUAAUGAGGAGUUGGGGACUUGGUAUGAGGAGGGUAUAGAGCAUCGUGGAAUGUUUCGUAGAUUAUCUCUACACUAG